GCUGGACGAGCACUUGACGGGCGCGCACCGCUACCCGUUGGAGAACGGCCCUACGCGUGGCGGCCGUCGCUGCUGCGCCACCGCGCCCUCAAGCACGGCCAGAACUGCGACCAGAGGAAUCAACGAACGCUUUGGGCCGAGUAA